AUGUUAUCCAGCCUAAGGUCUGGUGUUCAGGGGCUGUGGCGUGUGUCUUCAAGGGCUUUACAAACAACUACUAACUUGCAGCAUGAUAGCUUAUUUGUGCACCGAGAUACCCCUGAAGACAAUCCAAGUAUUCCAUUCGAAUUUACUCCAGAAAACAAUAAGCGUGUAGAAGCUCUUUUAGCAAUAUACCCUGAAGGUCAUAAGAGAGCUGCUAUGAUCCCUCUUCUUGAUCUUGCUCAACGCCAAAAUGGUGGAUGGCUGCCAAUAUCUGCCAUGCAUAAAGUUGCUGAAAUAUUGAAGCUGCCACGUAUGAGAGUGUAUGAAGUUGCAACAUUCUACACAAUGUUUAUUAGACGACCAAUAGGAAAAUACCAUGUCCAAGUCUGUACAACAACACCAUGUUGGUUGCGUGGUUCUGAUGCAGUACUUAAUGCAAUCAAGGAGGCCACCGGUUGUGAAGUUGGAGGCAACAGCCCCUGUGGCAAAUUUUCUCUAUCAGAGGUUGAGUGUCUCGGGGCUUGUGUAAACGCGCCUAUGGUGCAGGUUAAUGACGAUUACUAUGAGGAUCUAACUGUUGACGACACAAAAGAAAUAAUCGAGAAGUUGAAGAGGGACGAAAAACCUAAGCCAGGCCCAAGGAGUGGCCGAUACGCAUCGGAGCCUUUGGGCGGUUUAACUUCCCUCACCGAAGAGCCUACAGGACCUGGUUUUGGUCUACAAGAUGCCCUAAAGGCUUAG